GUCCGGGGAAUACCAACCACAACAUCCUUUCCUCCCACCCUGGAUCAUCUCUUGGGAGUGUGGGAAAACGCCCUGUCCAGACCUCAAGAUAUCACCAUUGUCUGAUGUGACAUCGAAACUACUGCAACACAAGAGUUCAUCUACGAAAUACAGUCGUCUUUAGAGUGUUUGUGCGGGAGAAGGGAGGAGCGGUGGAAGCGGGCCAUUGGUGGAGGGGCGGGGGGAUAUCUGGUGAAAGCUCACUCGUCCCCGUCCCAUCUUCCGCCUCUCUCUCUCCAGUUCCUCUUUGAAGUCGGUAUCGUUCAGUGCUUUUCAGUAUUGUUACUAGAAUUCUUUCCACACUCUUAACCACCCUCUAGAACUCUGCCAUACCUUACUAACACUUUCCUACCGGCCUUAGCUAACGAUCCUUACCAUUUUAUACAAUUGUUCACAAUUUUUUCUUCAACAUAACUAAUACCUGACUGUCAUGAAGCUUUCUCAUCAUCAUUCUAUUUCAUGUCCCAUAAGCUAUCUAAGCUGAAUCCAUCUCUUCAAUCAAUCUUCACUGGCAUCCAUCAUCUGAGUAUUCAAGGUUUUAAAAGUUAGUUUUUAUACUUCUAACUACACUGCAUAAAAAAAAAAAAAAAAACUCGUCGCAUUUUACCUAGUGCAGUCAGUCAGUCAGUUUCUUCACUUAAACUUGUAUUUUCUACUACUUCGUUCGUGUUUCACUUUCUCAUCUCAGAUAAUGCUCCCUUCUUCACUUGUCCUUACUAACAAUUUUGGUAUUCACUACUACCACAUAAUCCAUUAUUUGUAAUGGAAUAAGAGACAACACCAUAAACCAGGAAAAACAUAUCACCGGAGAAGCCACAGUGUAAAUCAAUAUGCGACUGUCAAUGAUCCUGGUGUGGGUAGCACUGGCGUGGAUGGCCAUAUGUGGAGUGAGUGCAGAGCCUGAAAAGGAACCCCAGCUUGAUGCCUUGGCUGAUCCAGACCCAGGAAGGGAACGGAGGCAGCUGUCCUCAGUCACCAACGCCCUUCGGUUGGUGAUACCGGGUGUUCGCCUUGCCGCCCGCCGCCUUACACAAGAGGUAGCACCCGCAGUAGGAAGCACCAUUCUGAAAGCAGGAAAUCAUCUGGCCUUACGGGCAGCAGAGGGGCUUCAAGAUACGGUUCAAGUUGUAAAUGAGCACCUGGUGCCCGCCAUUGAGGAUCACCUUGUACAGGCGACCAAUGCUGCUGUGCCUUACAUUAACCGUGGGAUCGAUGCCCUUGGGGUAGGGAUCCAGCAGGGCGCUGAGGUGGUGUCGCGGUCGGCGACCAAGGGUGUAGAUCAGAUUGGGAGAAGAGUCCUCGGCCAGCGGCGACACCACCGUGUCAAGAAAAUCGCCAAUAACCUGAAGGGUAGCAUCACAUCUUCUCUUAACACCAUCGCCAGUGCCAUCACUUACCUUUCUUCACCUGACCAGCCUUAUACUAACAGCGAUUAUCACAACUCCAACGAGUAUAGAAACUACUAUGACUACAGAGACAACUACUAUUAUGACAAUUCUGCCAACAACUAUGACUAUUACACCAGACCAGACGACUACCCAACAUACCGACCUGACAGGGGCGGGGACGCAAGUGUGCCAGGGUCUGAGGUUCAUACAGUCGGCCAAGCCCUGGCGCGUAUGGUAGGCAACACUGCCUACUCCCUCUCCUCCAGUGUGUUGGGGCAAAAUCUGACUCAGGCGGUGGCGCCCCUCGCAAAGUCCGUGAGUAAGACCAUGAGUGAGUCUUUACCCGCAGUCUCCUUCGGUGAUGGGCGGAUCGUGAUCGACCUACCAGGCACAGACAACUCUGAGCGAACGGAAGUACCACCAAGGUCAUGUACCACUCCAGUGGGGAAGAAAGGUGUCUGCCAAGACCUUGGAGACUGCCCAAACCUUAUUCUCGACCUGACCAAUCUCCGCAAAUCUGUCUGCUUCAAGAGACUCUUUGUGCCCGGUGUUUGCUGUCCCAGUGAAGGCAUAAGUGUGGACGACGACAGAUUCCCAGACAAUCAACCAACUACUACGAGUACUACUCAUCGUCCACCACCUAUCACUAUCCCGACCACCCAACGUCCGACGCCCGUUGCUUCUGCUCCUUCUACCACAAAACCACCCGAACCUGAUCGUAACGUCCACUGCGGUGUACCUCAAGUUCCCGAGUUUCGCGUGGUGGGUGGCAAAGAAUCUGGUCGCGGACAGUGGCCGUGGAUGGCGGCAGUAUGGCUCCAUGGACCAAAGAAGACUGAGUUUUGGUGUGGAGCAACUCUCAUUUCCCGCCGCCACAUCCUCACUGCUGCUCACUGCACCAAAGACUCUAGGGGCAAAACGUUCAAUCCUCAGCAGUUCACCGUCCGGCUCGGUGAUCAUAACAUCUUUAGCACGAAUGAUGACUUCAUUUCUAAGCCAAAGACUUACAGUGUGAUGUCGGGCAUGGAACAGUCUCUUCCCACGCCCCACCGUUCAUCAUCCUCUGGUGGGAAAAAGAGGAGACGAUCCCCUGUGGAUGAAUUCACCCUUCCACAAAAUGACGCUUCGCUCCCAGGGACCAGUCAGGCCGCCACCGCCACGUCAGCACAGCCUUCUGUGUCUGACGACCGGGUUGCCCUGGAUAGACUGUCUACCCUCGUGUCUGGCCUUAUCGAAAAGUUGGACAGGGACACCGGGACUGACUUCAGUGGCUUUCAUGCCCUCUCUUCCUCGGAAGAGGAGGAAGUUUUUGUUCCUCCGACUCCGUGCACGAGCCAGCCUGACCCUCUUGACAGCCUGGACCAGCUUGGGCGUGAGGAGGGUGCAGAUGAGGAUUUCCUGAGGGCUUUGAGUGACCUUUCUGGCCAUUUCCAUGGCGAGGAGAAAAAGGGGAGACCCGCUGUCUGA